AUGGUCUCCCUUAUGGCGCCGCUUCUGCUGCUCGUCUUCGUCGGUUCGGUCGCCCCCGAUGAUGAAGAGACCACGAUCUUCUGCGACGUCACCGGCCAUCCGUGGCACCCCGUACAUGGAUGCAAACAGUUGACGCGCCAGAUCGCCCCCGAAACCAACGAGCGACCCGGGGGCGAUUGGGGCGUAGCCUUCCAGGAACGGACCAAGGACGCUGCCGGCAAAAAGUGGAGAGUCUAUUACGGGUGUGCUGGAACACCGCAAGCGCCCGACUACGUGAGCUACUGCCGCUUGGAGUGGCUUCCUGCUGAAGAAAAUGCCGCUAAUUCCGAUCCGCGCGGCUGCUGGCAAUAUUCUUGGAAGCGUGACCCCGAGAUCCGGGCCACAUGUGAGAACCCGGUGACAAUGAAGAACGAUGGAGACCUGAAACCGGACAAUUAUCCGAAAGAGCCGCGCCGGCUGGUCGCGCCCGAGAGCCCGGGCAUGGCGGAGCUCAUGGCCAUCUACGUUACCAGCGACACGGUGGAUACGGCU